GUUAAUCAUCAGAGAGGAACCCACAGAAGUUCAGGACACCUGCACACCCCCCCGCAGCUGCAAGCAGCAGCCAUCAGCACAGACCGAGCUGCUGUGCCCACUGCCCCUGUGUCCCAGGGGGAUGUGCCCCGGGGAGAAGCAGCCCAGGAGAAGCCCCGGCAGGCGGGUCCUGGCGAUCGGGGGCUGCUCCUGCCAGUCAUCGUGGAGGGAGAACUGCUGGAGACCUCGAGCGACUCUGCCAGACCUGCCCAGAUCAAGUUCAGCAAGAAGAUGUGCCUGGAGCACGACGAGAAGCUCAUCUCCUAUCUCUCCAUGCUGCGAGACAUCGAGAUGAGAAUUAAAAGGGUGCAGCCGGCGGAGCAGAACCUGGGUGAGCUGCAGACACUGCUGCAGCAGGCAGAGGCCCUGGGCGCCGAGCUGCGGGAGCUCAGCUUUCCAGUGAAUCAGGAGCUGGACGCUGUGAAGCGGAUCGUGGCCAACCCGCCUGAAGAAGUCCCCGAGCAACUACUGAGAGCUUUGGAGAAGGAUGCCAAGAACCUCCAGAAGUCUCUGAGCUCCGCAAGCGAUAUCCUGGAGUCCCGGCUGCAAAACCUUCGUGGUGCAGCAGAAACCCAAAAGGCUGAGAUCACAGCACACCAUGAGAGCCUCCAGGGGAAGCUGCAGGAGCUGCUGUGCUGGGUGUCCGGCACGGCGCAGGCGCUGGACGGCACUGAUUACCAACACACACUGGAUGUCAGCAGUCUGAGUCGCUGCCUCCAACGCUAUAAGGAGCUGAGUGAGCCCCUUGCUGACACCAAGUCUCAGCUCGACGCCACCGCCUUCGACGUUCAGUUCCUUAUCUCGGAGCACGCCCAGGACCUGAGCCCCCAGCAGAGCAGGCAGCUGCUGCGGCUGCUCAACGAGCUGCAGAAGGCUUUCCGGGAGCUGGCGGGGCGCGUGACGGCGCAGGUGGAGGUGCUGCAGGUCUGUCUGCGGCAGGCGGAGCAGACGGAUCAGGUGAAGACGCUGCAGGAGCAGCAGGCAGCCCGUGCACAGAACCUGGCCGAGCUCAGCUCCUGGCUGGCAGCGGCUGAGGACACGCUGGAGGAGCAGCAGCGAGCAGCCAGCCAAGGAGACCUGCCUGCCUUGCAGCAGAGGCAAAGCGACGUGAAGGAGCUGCAGAGGAGCAUGCACAGCCGAGCCGCCUCCUUUGCCAGCGUCCUGAAAAGCACAGAGGAGUUCUUGGAGGAGAACAAGGCGAAGAUGGAGCCUGGAGAGCUGGCAGUACUGCAGGAGAAGCUUCAGCGUGCCAAGGAGCAGUACCAGUCCCUGCAGGAGAGGACAGAGAUGGCCCAGAAGGAGCUGGAAAGUGCUGUGACUGCUGCAGUGCAGCAGGAGACCGAAAAGGUGAAAGCUGCCAAAGAGCUGCAGGAGAACAGCAAUAAGAUUGAUGCGCUCCUGAGCUGGGUGGCAUCGCUGGAGCAGAAGGGAGAGCUCCCACAGUACAGACCACAUCCUGCUGAGCGAGCUGGGAAGGGUGCAGAGGACAUCCCUGAUGGGCACGUGGUGGGAGCAGCCAGCACUGCUGAGAGCCUGGAUGAGCAGUACGAGGGGCUGAAGGCCCAGCACCGGGAGCUGCUGUCCCAGCAGCAGGACGUCAUCCUGGCGACGCAGGCGGCGCAGGCAUUCCUGGAGAAGCACGGCCACAGCCUGCCCAGGGAGGAGGGGGCCCGGCUGCAGGGCGGGCUGGCGGAGCUGAAGGAGCGCUAUGCGGCGUCCCUGGCGCGUUCCGAGGUGCAGCUGAAACGAGUGCAAGUGCUGCGGGAUGAGCUGCAGAAGUUCUUGCGGGACCACGGGGAGUUCGAGGCGUGGCUGAAGCAAGCAGAGCAGGACCUGGAGGGGAUGUGCAAAGGGGACGGCGACCCCGCGUCCCUCCGGCAGCUGCUGCUCCGGCAGGGCAGCUUCUCUGAAGACGUCAUCUCUCACAAAGGCGACCUGCGCUUCGUCACCAUGUCGGGUCAGAAGGUGCUGGAUGCCGAGGGAGCUGCUGGGGAUGCGGGGUCAUCUGGCAGCGUGGUGAAGAGCAAGCUGGAGGAUGCCAGCCAGCGGUACGCCACGCUGCACUCCAAGUGCACCAAGCUCGGCUCCCACCUGAGCACCCUGCUGGACCACUACCAGCAGUUCCAGGAGGUGGCAGAGUCUCUCCAGAUGUGGCUGGAAGACAGCGAAGCUGCGGUUGGGAAGCUGCUAUCAGAGAGCAUUUCUUCAGAUCCCACAGCUCUCCAGGAGCAGCUGGCCAGCGCUGGGCAGCUGCAGGGAAACCUCGCCGAGCAUCAGGUGCCAGUGGAGAAGCUCCAGAAAGCAGCUCGGUCUCUGCUGGAGGUGCAGGGAGAGCCGGCCCCUGACCAUGGGCACAUUCAGGAAACAACAGACGCCAUCGUGAGCCGCUUCCAGAUCCUCUCCCAGCAAAUGGCCGAGCGCUCAGACCUGCUGCAGAAAUCCAUCGCGCAGUCCCAGAGUGUCCAGGAGAGCCUGGAGAGCCUCCUGCACUCAGUAGCUGAUAUUGAGAGGAGUCUGAGCACAGAGCAGCCAGGCACGCUCUCCUCCGCCACCAUCCAGGACUCCUUGGCCACCAGCGCGAAGCUGAAGCAGGACAUCGCCCGGCAGAGGAGCUGCCUGGAAGCCACCCGUGAGAUGGUGACGCGCUUUGCAGAGACAGCGGAUGGCAGCACGGCUGCUGCCCUGCAGGGCAAGCUGGCAGAGGUGGCAGAGCGCUUUGGAAGGCUAUGCCAGCAGCAGCAGGAGAAAGAGGAGGUGCUGAAGGGUCUCCUGCCCAAGGUGGAGCAGUACGAGCAGCUCUCAGAGAAGCUGCAGCAGUUCAUGGAGAGCAGAGCGCGGAUGCUGGCAUCCGGGAACCAGCCAGAGCAAGACAUCGCUCACUUCUCCCAGCACCUUCAGGAGCUGAACAUGGAGAUGGGGCAGCACCAGGAGGACCUGGCUGCCCUGGAGCAGCUGGCUGUGGAGCUGGGUGCCAGCGGCUUUGUGCCCGGCGCUGCUGCACAACAGGAAAAGCUGCAGAAUCUGAAGGAGGAGUUCCUGCAGCUGCAGAAGGUGGCAAAGGAGAGAGAAAGGGACGCCUCAUCCUGCCAGGAGCAGCUGGACGAGUUUCGGAGGUUGGUGGCAGCCCUGCGGAAGUGGCUGAAGGACAGCGAGGGCAAAGUGCCACCUGUGGACACCUCGCUGGGCACCCAGGAGCUACAGCGGCGCAGGCAGCAGGUCCAGGAGCUGCUGGAGGAAUGGUCAGGGAAGGGCCCGCAGGUGGAGGAGCUCAGCCACAGGGGGACCCUCCUGGAGAACCUGAUUGUGGAGAUCACGGCCCCGGACAGUCAGACCAAGGCGGGUUCUGUGCUGCCUGCAGUGGGAGGGCCUCUGGGCAGCGUCAAUGGAUUCCACACUUGCAAAGAUCUGACCGAGAUCCAAUGCGACGUGUCGGACGUCAGCCGGCAGUACGAGGGUCUCGGCGCGGCGCUGCGGGAGCGCCUGCAGCAGCUCUCGGCCUUGCUGGAGAGGAUGCGGGCAGUGCAGGAGGAGGCGGGCGCUGUGCUGCAGUGGUUGGAGUCCAAGGAGCGGACGCUGUCGGAGCUGGAAGCCUCCUCCUCACCCACCAAGACGGAGACCGUGCGGGCUCAGGCCGAGCACAACAAGGCAUUUCUGGCUGAAUUGGAACAGAAUUCUGGAAAGAUCCAGAAGGUAAAGGAAGCGCUUUCUGGUUUGCUGGAGAAAUAUCCAGAUUCUCCAGAAGCAGCAAACUGGAAGAAGAUGCAGGAAGACCUGAACUGCAGGUGGGAACGAGCCAGCCAGGCGACGGCCGAGCGGCAGCAGAAGCUGGAGGAGUCAGCCAACCAGCUGGCCAGCUUCCAGGCGGCCGAGGCGCAGCUGCGGCCAUGGCUGAUGGAGAAGGAGCUGAUGAUGAGCGUGCUGGGACCCCUCUCCAUCGAUCCCAACAUGCUGAACGCACAGAAGCAGCAGGUCCAGUUUAUGCUGAAGGAAUUUGAGUCUCGCAGACAACAGCACGAGCAGCUCAACCAGGCAGCUCAGAGCAUCCUCACUGGCCCCGGGGAUGUUUCCCCAUCCACCAACCACGUGCGGGAGGAGCUCCAAGGGGUCAACCAGAAAUGGUCCGAGCUGACAGAACGCCUCAACUCCCGCUCCAGCCAAAUUGACCAAGCCAUAGUGAAGAGCACCCAGUACCAGGAGCUCCUCCAGGGCCUCUCCGAGAAGGUGAAGGCGGUUGGGCAGCGCCUGAGCAACCAAUCUGCCGUCAGCACGCAGCCCGACGCCGUGAAGCAGCAGCUGGAGGAGACCAGCGAGAUCCGCUCGGACCUGGAGCAGCUGGAGGAGGAGAUUGCAGAGGCUCAGACGCUGUGUGACGACCUGUCUGUUCUGAUUGGGGAGCAGUACCUCAAAGAUGAGCUGCGGAAACGGCUUGAAACGGUGGCUCUUCCUCUCAAAGGACUGGAAGACCUGGCAGCCGACCGGAUGAACCGACUGCAGACCGCGCUUGCGAGUUCCCAGCAGUUCCAGCAUAUGUUUGAUGAACUCAGGACCUGGCUCGAUGACAAACUGUGCCAGCAAGCUCGGAGCCAACCUAUUUCUGCUAGACUGGAGAGGCUCCAGAGCCAAAUUCAGGAGCAAGAGGAGUUCCAGAAGAGUCUCAACCAACACAGUGGCUCCUAUGAGAUGAUCGUGGCUGAGGGGGAAUCGUUGCUGCUUUCUGUCCAACCCGGGGAGGAGAAGACCGCUCUGCAAAACCAACUGGUCAGCCUCAAAACGCACUGGGAAGAGCUGAGCAAGCAGGCUGCCGACAGGCACUCCAAGCUGAAGGACUGCCUGCAGAAAGCCCACAAGUACCAGAGGCACGCGGAGGACCUCCUGCCGUGGGUGGAGGACUGCAAGGCCAGGGUGUCGGAGCUGGAGGUGACGCUGGACCCGGUGCAGCUGGAGGCCGCGCUGCUGCGCUCCAGGGCUCUGCUGAGCGAUGUGGAGAAGCGGCGCUCGGUGCUGGAGAUGCUGAACGGCGCUGCCGACGUCCUGAUCGACGCCUCGCAGAGCGACGAGGACGACAUCCGCGACGAGAAGGCUGCGAUCAACCAGCAGAUGGACGCCAUCACGGAGGAGCUGCAAGCCAAGACAGGCUCCAUCGACGAGAUGUCGCAGAGGCUCAAGGAGUUUCAGGAGAGCUUCAAGAACAUUGAGAAGAAGCUGGAAGGGGCCAAGCACCAGCUGGAGAUCUUCGAGGCUCUGGGGCCCCAAGCCUGCAGCAACAAGAACCUGGAGAAGCUGAGGGCGCAGCAGGAGGUGCUGCAGGCGCUGGAGCCGCAGGUGGAUUACCUGAAGCACUUCACACGAGGGCUGGUGGAAGACGCUCCCGAUGGGUCCGACUGCUCCCAGCUCCUGGGCCAAGCGGAGGUGGCUCAGGAAGAGUUCAAAGCAAUGAGGCAGAAAGUGAACGACUGCUGCGUGCUGAUGGAAAACAAGCUGGAAGGGAUCGGGCAGUUCACGGGGCGGGUGAGGGAGAUGUUCUCGCAGCUGGCAGACCUCGACGACGAGCUGGACGGAAUGGGGCCCACGGGGAGGGACGCCGACAGCCUUCAGUCCCAGGCGGAGGACGUUCGCACGUUCCUGGGCAAACUGCAGGGGCUGAAGGCUGACAUUGAGGCCUCUGAAAGUGAAUGCAAGAAGAUGCUUGAGGAUGAGGGGAGCCCCGAUUUAUUAGGACUGAAACGCGAACUGGAGACGCUGAGCAAGCAGUGCAGCAAGCUGACCGAGAGGGGCAGGAGCCGACAGGAGCAGGUGGAGACGACGCUGGCACGCGUUGAGGACUUCUACAGCAGAUUGAAGGAGCUGACCCACAUGACAGCGGCGGCGGAGGAGAGUGAGGCUCUGCAGUGGGUGGUGGGCACGGAGGUCGAGACCAUCAACCAGCAGCUGGCCGACUUCAAGGUAGGUCUUUGUGCUGAUUUCUUACCUGGUUCUCUGUGAUUGAAGGACAUCCUUCUGUGCUGUCCAGUGCUGUGGUCUUUUGGAUAGGACCGAUGUCUGCUGGGGAGGACCGAGCUGUUGUGGCUUCGUUGGCUUUUUUGCUAUGUUGGCGUUUUGGACGCAGUAAAAUGCUGUUGCUUUGGAGGAUACAAAAUCAACCUCUGGCCGUGACAGCCUGCACUGAAAAGAUGCAGUAAGAUUUUGGGACUGGAGGAAAAAGGUCUUUUCCCACCUCUCCUUGUGGUGUGUAAUGGUGAGCCAGUGCCUCCUGGGCCUUUGGAGGUGGUUGAUGUGUAGGUUUGGGAUGCUGGCAUAAUCUGAGCGGGUCUUUCUACCUGGUGCACCAUUCCCACAUCUUGUUCACUUCUGUGAACACACACGCAUCCAUUUCUUCUUGCCUUGGGUGCAAACAAAGCCACAGAUAAACUGUGGCGGAUGGAAGACACACGGGAGAGACACCAAGGCGAAGUUCACGUUUGUUGGGUGGUUUUCAUGUUUCCAGCUAAGAGCUGAUGGGGACCAUUGAGGCUUGCAUAGAAUACUGAGAAAAGAAUUGGAGUGUGUUUGAGCAUUAUAA